CCUUCUUCCAGCUCAAUGACAUCGUUUCCGAAGUUUUCUCGAAUCGGCCAUGCCGGGCACGUAAAUCGCUGCCUAACUGGCCUCCCAGCGUCUCAGGUUGAGGCAGAAUCGACCCGAAUGGCUGUGGGCUUUUAUUGCCUUGGGACCCUCGACCUUCUCGGCGCGCUAGACUCCAAAACUACCGAUACCGAUCGCAAGAACUUCAGAGAAUGGAUAUGGGAGCAACAAACGCAUGGUCCUAAUGGCUCUGGCUUUAGACCGAGCCCCUUCGCUACCCCGGACUCUCUAAGCGAGCAACCAUACGGCGCGUACAAUGGCCCGCAUUUGGUCAUGACCUACACUGCCCUGUUAACACUCGCCAUUCUGCGAGAUGACUUCUUAAGACUGGAUCGUAAAGGGUUGAUAAAAUUCAUGCGAUCUUGUCAGAAAGAGGACGGAAGCUUCUCCAUCGUCCCAGGCUUCGGGGAAUCUGACCUCCGUACCAUUUACUGUGCCUUCAGCAUUUGCCAUAUGUUAGAAGACUGGUCGGGCAUCGAUGUCCCUCGCGCAUUGAACUACAUCGAAACGUGUCGUUCGUACGAAGGUGGCUAUGGCCAGAAUUCCUUUUGCGAAGCAUCAGGUGGCCCGACCUACAUCGCACUCGCUUCUAUUCAUCUAGCACGACCUUCUUCACCGCUCACCGCCGGCCAACGCUCUAGAUCGAUACACUGGCUCAUCCACAACCAACACUCCUCAGGCGGCUUUCGAGGACGGACAGGCAAGGAGGCUGAUGCUUGCUAUAGCUUUUGGUGUGGGGCCAGCUUAAAAAUACUCGACGCAGAAGAUCUAGUCGACAGUAAUGCUCAGUUCAUCGCAAGCUGCCAGUUCAAGUAUGGCGGAAUCGCAAAGACACCGGGGCAUGAUCCAGACCCCUACCAUACCUAUCUUUCUAUCGCUGCCCUCUCGCUCUACCCGCCUCACGUACCAGACGACGAAUCUACAGCAGUUCUACAAUCUUGGAAAUUUGGAGGACUUGACCCGCUGCUCAACGCCACAACGGAGACUGUAGCGUGGAUUCGGGCGCAUGUACCUUCGUCAACUACUGGGCAGGAACCUCAGUAG